CGGUUGAGCGAUUGUCACGUCGUAUGUCAUGUGAGCAAAACACACGAUUGCAACCUAUCCCGUGUCUCACGUGUACCUGCACGGGAUCUUAAUGACACUGCAGUGAACCCGUAGUGUUAAGGACAAAUUGGCGUGCCAGUGCAUGUGGACAUGUUGUCAAUACUCGAAAUCAACCUUGAUGCUAGCGCUGUGGAUUGGAUGAGAAUCAUUACUGGUCGUGGUACACCCAAGUGAAAUUGUUCAUCAGGUCUGAUGUCGAACGGAUUCGUUUCCCAAAAUUUGCGUGCUUGUGUCCAAUUUCAAUCACUGCCAACGUUUGAUCCUCAAAACCGUCGUGGAUAUCAUCUUCUGAUGUAUUUUGUGAGCUGAUAUUGUUCUUCCUGUACUUGGGACCUACAUGUGCAUGUACUAAGUUACAUCUACUCAGCAAAACAUCGGUGAACGCCUUUUGGUUUCGAGCGUGAAAAUUCUCUCUGACGGCUGACAGGUUAUGCGAUUAAGGGGUAAUGAGAACAGCAGCUGCAAGCUUAGCAGACAGAGAUACAGACAUGGAUGAUGGUUCUCGAAAUCUCGAAAUCGACUUUGGCCCCCAUGGUAGCCGACUUUGUCUGUCGACCGGAAUCUCCGCAAUCCCAAACUAGUUUAGUGUAACCCAUUCGAGUGUAGAGGCACAGAUGGAGAGCGUUUCCAAGACGACAGGCCCUACCAGUAUGUCAGACAGUAAGCCAUGCCACAAACCGGCGAUCUUGUCCCCCCGCGCAGGUCCCGGGGAAGUAGUAACUUUUCCCGGGGUCUGGGGUAGUGACUGCCGGGCCGAAAACGACCACAUCUCGCCAGACCUUAAGGAGGUUGACGCCAUCGAGAGGUCAUCGUGGUGUUCCGGACCAAUGGGGUCGAAGAACCUCAGUGAGCAGUUGCUGAUCGAGCAGGACCAAUUGGAGAGUGACGAUGACGCCCGCGGGCAAAGUGUGUCAUCCUCUCUUAGCUCGCCUGAACUGGAGGUAGAGCAAGGGAUGCAUAUUAAGCGUGGUCCUGGACCGUCCAUAGUGGCUAUGGAAGCUGGAUGUGACACUCUGCCUCUUGGUAGUCGCCAGAAGGUGGCCAUCUUGAAUCCAAACUCGUCGCAAGAGAGAAGGAAGCACCUGCAGAGACGGGACGGGUUACCAGACUCAAGAAGUGUUAGUCCAUACUCAUCAGACUCCCUGUCCUCGUCAAGUCUCUCUGAUCGCUCGUCUUCUACUACACCCAAGGAUACGUACUCAAAUGAGACUAACGAGACGUCAUCCAGCAGCGUAGAGACUGGCAGCGACAAAGACAAGACGUCACCUUGGUCCAUGGCCAACUUUGACCGCGUGCUCCAUGAUGCACCCAAACGCGAGCACAUCCGGUCCAGGAAGUGUGGCAAGGGUAGCAGCAGUCAGUCCGAUUCAGGAUCCAGCUCCCAGCUGUCCAGGGGCAAAUCAGCCAAAGCUCUGUCCAUCAUGCGGAACAAGUUGCUCGGCAGAGCUACGGCCGAACCGACCGUCACCGACUCGGGAGCCUCCAUCAGCAGUGGCUCAGUGACCAUGGUCCACGCCCACCAAGAGAAGAAAGCCUACGAAUUGAAAACACAGAACUUCACGUCGAAUGGUACCGACACUGGCAUAGCCACGGCCAACACGAGCGGCCAGUCCGUGCAAUCUCAGAGCAACUGUAGCUUGUCGUCAUCAUCGGGGGUGGACACGCGGCAUCAAGUUGCACACAAAGAGAAGAAGAACUUGCCGGCCAAAUCAGUGAGUUCGCACUAUCACGAGAUCAGAAAUUCCAACAAAAGUGAAGAACUGAGCGAGGAAGGCUCCAACUCGCCUCACCAGCACCACUUUCCUCAUCGUCAGAAGGUGCCACAGAGUUACUCAAGUGACUCCGCCAGCACCGACGAGUCGGAGCGGAAGCGACGCCGCUUCAACCGCACAUUUGUACUGCUUCGUCACUGUGGACUCCUGGAGCUCACCUUGCAGACGGCCUCCCUGAUGCAGCAGAGUAGUCUCAUGAACCAACAGCUGAAGUCUCUGCGUCAACAGACGGAAGUUCUCUACAAUGCCAUCCACACAAUGUCUGUCAGCCAACCGCCCGCGUCCUCGUUUGACUCAGUUGCCGCCCAGGGGAUUCUAAAGAACUUGCGGGAAGUUUUGAACCGACAAGACGGCAUGUCCUACCACAGUCCAUCCAACAUAAACCUCCAGCACUCCCGAAGAAUGGGUGUCAAACGUACGAGCUCAGGCGAAACAAUCAGCCCGGAUAGUGGUAACGCGCAGUCGUCAAGCGUGGUCCAGAACAGUGGCAGUUCUACGUGAAUCUUCCAUCCACUUGUACUUUGGUUGACACCGUCAGCCAUGCUGUCUGUCCGAAAUAACAUCUGCUUUUCGCUCAAAGUGAAAGGUUUUGAUGCCGAGACAAUUUAUUUUCAUCUGAAAUCUGUGAUUCAGACGUGACUCUGUCAGUGGUGACUUACACCGUCAACGUUUAUCGUUUUUAUUCCCUUUGCUUUUAUGAUUGCCAAAACUUCUCUAGAUAGUUAUCACUAACAUCAUUUUGUGGUCUUUAGGAAAAAAACACGUUGCCUCGCCAAAUUCCUCAUUCUGAGGAGAAGUAGGGUAGCUAACUACAUGUACAUGUACUCAUUUUCUAAAAAUCAUCAAGUUAUUGUUAGGGUCAUUAUGAUAAAUCACGAAACGCUGUGGAGCUUUUAAUGAUUGGUCUCUUCGUACCACCAUCUACACUCGGCUUGUGUGUUUUGGCUCAUUAUAUGUAACGUACAGUGUAACAAAUCUCGCACUUAAGUUCUAUUAGAUCUUGCAUAUGGCCACCUGAGAGGCCCAAAGCUCUUCUAAUUGUAGACGUUGAUAACCGACCUCUUGUUUCCACAGGUUUUUUUCACUUCCAAUGAUUUGUUAUUUCACUUAUUGUACUUUUUUGAUCAAAAAUUUCUUCGUGAUGGCAGCUUUGUUCGAUAUCGCGAUGUACAAAAAUAUUUAUUUAUACAAUGGAAUAUAAUUUUUUAUGUAAAUUGUGUUUUGAUAUUGUGCGUGAUAAGAUCGUUUCUCCAAAACGCUGUUGGUUUUGUUUUGUUUGUUUGUUGUUGGAUUUUUUUGUUUUGUUUUGCGCAAUAAAGUGUACUAUACCUUACAAAGGUAGAACUUCCAUGAUCGAAGAAUGUUUCAGAUGGAAGUUUGUUCCCAUUGACGAAAAAACGGAAUAACUUCACGUAUGCAGUUUAUUGCCUACUGAGCCGCUGUGCGUGAGAUUUGUCGGGACGCAUGAUCAUCAUGAUUGUAAAACGGCUGGUUAAUAAUUAAUCGUAUUUAAAUGCUUGACCAGUUACCGUUACACUUCCAAUAUUGAAAUGAUUUGGCCAAUAGGUCUCUAAAGAUAAAGUUUUCAGUUGCAUUGAAUUAAUGUAGAGGGAAGGUGUACAAAUCGCACGCUCAUUGCAUGUACAUGUAUAUGUAUUUGCAGCAGGGGCGCAUGUAAUAAAGAGAUAUUCAGCAUAUUCAACCAA